AUGACGUCACCGCGCUCUGACGUCGGGCCGACGUGUAGCAUGGUCUCCCGGGAGACCGGGAAAGCCGUUCGCACUCGGAGUCGAGGUCUAGAACUCAUAUUUUGGGAAAUUAUGGAUCGCCAUAUCCCCAUGCAUGCAUUACCUGAAGAAAUCCGAAAGAUGUCUCCUGAAGAAAAAGUUUGUAAGUACUGUGGAGUCAGCUAUCUUAUUCUUCAUGAGUUUAAGGCUAUGGAAGAAAAAGUGAAAGUGAUGGAAAAAGAGAUGAAAUUUUAUCAAGGAAGCAUAGACCGUGAAAAGAGACUUCAAGAAAAGCUACGGUCUCUUAGUCAAGAUUUUGAACAGUACAGAAUUGACAGUGAAUCCAAAACAGAAAGAAUUCAAGAUGUAAGCAUGCAGUUAAAAAGUCAACAAUAUGAAUUUCAGAGAGUACAGAAAGAAUUGGAUCAUUUGCAACAUGAAUUAAAAAUUAAGCAGAGACAAUCACAAGUAUUCAAUCAAAGAUUGGUGGAGUACAGAUAUUUCUGGAAUAAGACUCUUUCAUUACUUACUUUUACUAAAAGAGAGCUAACCAGUAUUAAAAAUGAAGUAUAUGAUAAUUUUCAAAACUGGACUUCACUGAAAGGAGAAGUUUUUCUACAAAUUAAAUCCAUAAGUGAAACAGCCUUGACAGAAAUAGAGAUACUAAAGAAAAGUUUGAUAGUGUCCCAGAGAAAUAAGAUAUGCCUUGAAGAGGAAAUGAAAAAUCUGAAAUUGUUGUCAGAUGCAGCCAUGUUGAGGUCUCAGCAGAUUCAGACAUCCAAACAACAGGAAGUAAACUUGCAAACCAGAUGCCAUGACUUGCAAAAAGAAGUACUAGAUUUACAAUGUCAAGUAGAGGCACUUGGGCUAAAUCUUCAGAAGGCAGUGACCAAGAUUGACAACUAUAAAGCAAAGCUCAUGAAUAAAUCUAAUGAAGCUGAUGACUGUCAAAGAGAACUUAGAAAACUGAAGUUUGAAUCCAUUAUUUCUGAGUCACGGCAUACCAGAUUGCUUAAAGAGAAAGAGGAUUCUUUAAUGGCUUGUCAACAAAUACAUAAAACUUUACAGGAAGAACUGACUGCAAAAGAAAGGCAGGAAGAAGACAUAAAAAGAAGAAUUAACCUUGCAGAAAAUGAACUACAGAUAACCAAAACUCUUCUGACUCAGACAAAGGAAGAGGUUGUAACACUGAAAAAUGAAAGGGAAUUAAUGCUGAUUUCACAUCAGAAAAGCAUCGAACAGCUGCAGGAAACCCUUAGACAGAAGCUGCUGAACGAUGAUAACUGGAGAGAGAAGAUUGAAGCUGAGCUGGCCAAGGAAAGAGCCCGACAUUUAGUUGAAUUUGAGGAGCAAGCUCUGCUUUUUAAGGAAGAAGCUAGGCUAGAACUUGAUAUUGAAAAGGAAAAACACCAAGAAAUAAUCCAAAAGUAUAAGAAAGAACAAGAGGAACUACAAACGAAGAUAUCUGACUUAAUCGCAAGCGCUACUAGAGAUCUAAGGCUGGAAGUGACCACUCUUGAAGAAAAACUCCGUGAAUCUUAUAUCCGGUAUACUGAAGAUUCUGAGUCAAAGGAGAAAGAAAUCGAAAACCUUAAAAAUGUGGUUGCAGAAUUUGAAUCCCGCUUGAAGAAGGAAAUUGAUAGUAAUGAUUCUGUUUCAGAGGACUUGAGGAAGGAAAUGCAGCAGAAGUCAGAUGAGCUAGAAAGAGUAAUGCUGGCACAAACACAACUGAUACAGCAGUUUAACCAGUCCCAGGAACAGAACACUUUUCUUCAGGAAACAGUGCGAAGGGAGUGCGAAGAACGCUUUGAACUGACAGAAGCUUUGAGUCGAGCCAGAGAACAGCUUCUGGAGCUCAGGAAGCUCAGUGGAAGUUCACCUUUGUCACCGUGUUCCCUUAACCAGGGCAGCCUAACCUCCUCUGCUGCCGUGGUCAGUAAUCAGGGAGAGAGAAGCCUUACAAGACUGAACUCUGGAAAAGGAAUCAAAAUCCCCAGCCUGCACGGAGUGGCAAAACCCACUGCUUCCCCAACCUUGGCUCAGUCCCAGAGGCUCAGCAGCUCAGGUUUGCCCACUGUGCCCCAACCCCAUCCUCCCAGGGGUCGAGCAUCAUCAGUAAAUGAGACCAGACAAAGGCUGGCUGCCAUUCUGAGGAGGAGACUGAGCCAGCAGUGA